AUGUUCUGUCUCUCCAGGGCCCUGCCCUCCCUGCGGGCUUCCGCCUCCAGCCUCCGAGCUCCCAUGAACAGAAUCCCUCAAUUCACAACACAACCCUCCACCUCCAGACAAUUCUCCUCUCUCCUCUCCUCGCCAGUUCUCCGUCACAGCCCAUUGCAAAUGCAGAGCUCUAUCUCCCGACCAACCUCUGCUCCCACAGCCGUCUCCUCCAUUAAUUCCCUUCUUGCUCAGUCCGAGAUUAGCCAGGGCCAAACCCGUGCUUUCUCCGCUACUGCUUCUCUCGGUGUCCGUCGCGUGACUUUCCGACCAUCGCGCCGUGUGCAGAAGCGUCGUCACGGAUUCCUUUCUCGGAGUAAGACGAAUAAGGGUCGUCAGACUAUCUCGCACCGACGUACAAAGGGACGACAGAAUUUGAGUUGGUAG